GUGUGUGUGAUGCAUGGGUCAGUAGUAGUACUCUCGGGUGGAGGUGUAUCAGUGUUGAUCUGAUUCUCAGUAGCCAUGGGUGUUCUGUGUCCUGCUCUGCUCGUGUCCCUCUCAGCUCGUCUCCUCCUUGCCUCCUCAGGAGGGCUGCCCGGCAUCACCGACCCCCAGUUCAUCCAGGACUGUGUGAAAUUCCACAACACUCAUCGCUCGCAAGCGCAGCCCUCGGCCAAAAACAUGCUGCGCAUGACGUGGGAUGAGGCCUUAGCCAAAAGUGCCAACGCUUGGGCCAAGAUGUGUCAGGCAUCCCAUAAUCCUUUGCUGAAGCAGGCUAGGAAGCUGCACCCUGUAUUUGGCCGAGUAGGGGAGAACAUCUGGGUGGGGUUGCCAGUGAAUAAGUUCUCUGUGGAAAAGGCCCUGAACUCAUGGAAAGACGAGAGACAAUACUACACCCUGCAGACCAACACAUGCAGUAAAACAUGCGGCCAUUACACCCAGUUGAUGUGGGCUAAGAGCUAUAAGGUGGGCUGUGCAGUACACCACUGUACAGGGGGCAUCCAUGGCUUCAGUGACAGUCCUAAGGCAGCCAUAUUUGUGUGCAACUAUGGAGACGGUGGGAAUGUGGGAGGAGUCAUCCCUUACAGCGAAGGACCAUCAUGUGCUGACUGCCCUGAGGGAGAUCACUGUGAAUCCCAACUCUGCAGUAAUGCAGCGAGAGAUGUAGUCAAAACUUAUGAUUGGUCCCCUGCAGAAACCACCUCAAACUCUUCAGCUGUCAGCCUCUUUCAUUGGACGGCUGCUAUGAAACAGAGCCAAUCACUGGUGAUUUUAUUCUUAGUCACUGUCUGUAACAUGUAAGGCAUCAUGUGUUUUCAUUAUAUUUUAGUAUAUUACAUUUAAUAUAACAAAAAAAUUCUAAAUACAUAUAAUGAUGUAUGUAUGGAAAAAUAUCAGAUUUGUAAAGUUUGAAGUAAAAGUUGUGAGAGGUGGUGUCAGUUUUGGACACAUUCUGGGAUGAUGUGUUUCAUACACAUACAGUACAUAACAUAACAGCCAUUUAGCCAUAACCGGUAUUUUUCACAAAAUAGUUUUGCUAUUAGGUAGUCUAUCAGAACAUGCCUAUUAGGUUUAUUAUAUAUCAUUUAUAUAGGAUAUUAGUCUAUCAGAACAUGUAUAUUAGGUUUGUUAUAUAUUAUUUAUAUAGGAUAUUAGUCUAUCAGAACAUGGACACACUCAGCACACAGUGAACACACAACAGUGUGUUGAACAGUGAGGUGAAGCACACACUAAUCCCAAUGCAGUGAGCUGCCUGCUACAGCGGCACUACUGACUGAUGCAGCCCUAAUCCUCUCAAUCAGUCCUUCCUAGCCUUCCUUUGUUUGUUGUGCUACUUUGUCAGCCACUUGCUACUACACCAAUCUAUCUUUACUCUGAAGAUGUUACAGCAAUGCUGUAUGCUCUUUCAAAAGCCAGUUUGGUGAUGUUGAGUACACACGCCCUCUUCAGGCUUGAAAUGACCACUGCAGUUUAGGUCAUACUGACCAUGUGAUAAUCACACCAGAUUUAUCACAGCUCUAAAUUUAUAUCAUAGACAACAAGAACAAGAUGUCUUUAUUUUUCAAUUGUUUUAACAGUGUUUGUGGAACAUAAUUCAACAUAAUUAUGAGUAUGACAUGCAGACUAUGAGCUGAAUAGAAUAUCAAAAC